GCAGGGAGUUAACCGGGCCCGGGGCGGGGCGGUGCCGCCGCUGGCGGGAGGCGGCUCGGCCGCGGCUCCCCGCAGCCCGCCCGGGAACAGCGAGCCGCUCUCCUCGUUUCCCAGCGGCGGAUCCCGCUGCCCCGGUAUAAGACGUACAUGGCUCCUGGCUCCUCAAAUGAAAAGAAAACUAAUGAUGGACAGGCUUCAAAAGAGAAUUUUAUUCAUCUCUGCAACCCUCACCUGGAGAAAAUGAAAGAAGACAUCCUGUACCAUUUUGCUCUUGGGACCGGUACCCAUGAUUUUCCAACAUUGUUUGGGGAUGUAAAGUUUGUGUGUGUUGGAGGAAGUCCUUCCCGGAUGAAAGCUUUCAUUGCCUACAUAGCAGAGGAGCUGGGGCUUGGGAGCCCGGGGUGUGACUACCCCAACAUCUGUGCUGGCACCGACCGCUACGCCAUGUACAAAGUGGGGCCCGUGUUGUCCGUCAGUCACGGUAUGGGCAUUCCUUCUAUUUCAAUCAUGUUGCACGAGCUGAUCAAACUGUUGUAUCAUGCCAAGUGUUCUGACAUAACCAUCAUUCGCAUUGGCACCUCUGGUGGAAUAGGUCUGGAGCCAGGCUCAGUGGUUAUAACGAGGCAGUCUGUAGAUGCCACCUUCAAGCCUCAGCUGGAGCAGGUUGUCCUGGGAAAGACGGUAAUUCGCAGCACUAGCCUGGAUGAGCAGCUGGCUAAGGAGCUGAUGCAGUGCAGUAAAGAAAUCGGUCAGUUCCACACAGUCAUUGGAAACACCAUGUGCACUUUGGAUUUCUAUGAAGGACAGGGCAGGUUGGAUGGUGCAAUCUGCUUAUAUGAUGAAGAAGAAAAGCUGCAAUAUUUGAAGAAUGCUUAUGAGUCUGGUGUGAGAAACAUCGAGAUGGAGUCUUCUGUAUUUGCUGCAAUGUGUAAUCUCAGCGGUGUCAAAGCUGCUGUAGUGUGUGUCACUCUUCUGAAUCGACUCGAAGGGGAUCAAAUCAACAGCCCACAUGAAGUCCUUGUGGAGUACCAGCAGAGGCCGCAGAAGUUAGUGGGAUAUUUCAUUAAGAAAAGUCUUGGGAAAGUAUGAAAUAUCCAUCUCGUGUUUUAGAGAAGGAGAAGGCCUUUGUACAGAUCUGGUUAUGACUUCUGUGCAUUACAGGUGUUUUUCCUCAGAAUAACUUAGAGCAUUCCAUGUGUCAGUGGAAGUUAAUCAUUUAUGUCACUGUUCUUUGGGAACUGAAUGUGCUGAAGGACUUCAGUUAAGUUUUACUUAGUUAUGCAUUGCUGGAUGGAAAACUCACUUUUCUGUGAAUUGGAAAGCAGAUCUGUCUGUGAAGGACAAGACUGUGAUAAUACAUGAAAAAGCUUUAUUUAUCUCUUCUGUAAAAGAAAAACUAGAGAGAAAAUCAAACUUUAUGGCCAAAUACAUGCAUACCAGCAAAUUAACUUAAAAAUCUGAAUAAUUUUCUUGUUGUUAUAAACAGUUAUAUAACUUAUAAUUGUCUUUGUUGCUUCACUUGUAAAUAAAACUUAAAGUGAAUGCAGGUUUUUUUUUUGCAGACUUUGACAAAUAAACAAUACUAUUUUCAUAUAUUAAAAUUUCAUGGAAUUGCAAAGUGUGGGACUGAAGUUUCUAAGCAUUAAGGACUUGACACUGAGCUGUUGAAUAUCUGUACUGCCUACAUACUAUUCCAGCAAUAUUUUAACUAAAGAAUUGAAUCAAUACCCAGGAAAUAUUUAUGCAUUAAGUAAUUUUGCAUUGAGAUACUAGCAAUCUUUUGCUGAAACAAGCCUCCUGCUUAUGAAGAGGAACUGAAGGCAUCCAGGAGAUGCACAGCAUGUUCACAGGCCUGUAUUAUGGUAGCCCUUUUCUUUUCUUGCUUUUACUUAGUUUAUUUUUUUAAAAAUUGGUAUUCAUCUCCAUUCUCAGGAUGUAGCACUCACUGUUGCAAUGGUUCCCAGUUCUUCUGAAGAACUAGAGUAUACCUGUUAGUAGUACAUGCCAUCAAAACCCCUUCUGCCAUUGCAGUUUUUUCCACUAAUAUUGGCCAAAGUGUUUGGGAUUUUUAAAAAAAUCAUACUCCUUGCUGCUUUGCUGCUGUGGUUUGAAUGUAAACACAUGGAUACAUGGUCAGUUAAAGAAAAUGUGUUUAUCUCUUUUCCUUUUUAAUUUUUUUUUUCCUUUUUUAUUUUCCUUUUUUCUACUGCAGUGGGGGAGGGUCCAGUCCUAGCAGGGGUCACAGGUCAAAAAAUCUGAAUAAGCUCUCAGAACAGCAGUGGCUGACCCAGAAAAAUGUGAUUCUCUUUGUGAGGAUUGCAGUCUGCAGUGCUGUUAACAAGCACAAGAGUUAGAACUAUAAGAGAGGGAUGUUAGUAUUAGCCACAGUCACCAAAUGACAGAGACUGGAAACAAUGUGAUGAAAACAUUAAAAAAAGAAGGGUGACUCAUGAACAGAAAAUUGCCAUUGAGGAUCAGUCUCCUUAAAUUUAAUGAGUUUUUCAGCUGGAAAAGAUUUUAGUAACUUUUAGAUAGUUACAAUCUAGUCUUCUUUUAAUUUCAAAACCACAUUUCUCAUUUAUUAUCUGAUACACAGUGAAGGUAAGCUUUCAGAGAAAAUCUUUUUUCCCCUAAAGAAAAGAUGGGAAGUGGAAAUGGCUCCACAUUUUGUUUGAACUGUUUCUCCUUUAUUAAAAAAAAAAAAAAAAAAAAAAAAAGUGUUUAACUGUGCCUGGUGCUUGCCUAGGCAUUGUGUGAAGUCUGUGAGGCCCUUUGGGAAACAUGCAACAAAGCACAUCUUUUCUCUUCAAGGUCCUGUUCUCAAAACAGCAACAAGGAGAUAAAAACAAGGUCACAUCAGUGUGUGCUGCACUUUGUGAUGAAGAAAGUCUUACACCAAAUUGACUGGUAUAGGUUUCGAGGAGAGAGUUUGCUAUUGUAUAAGACAUACUUAAUAAGAAGUACCUAAAGAGACAAAGAAAAUGUUUUACCUAGAAAACAAACACUUAAUGUGACUCUGUGAAGCUCUGGGGAAGGAUAUUACUACAGUUGUCCUGGAGGUAUAAAUCUAAAAUGUUGUGAUUUGUCUUUUUGAAGCAAGGACAGAAUUAAUCUGGAAACUUGUCAAAAAGAAUUUCUUGAAUUAUUUUAACAGUGUGUGCUGUCAAAUGAAAAAAAAAGUUUUUUGUUUUUACAGUCAAAUAAUGUAGGCACUUCUGAGAACUCAUAUGAAAACUCUUACGUGCUAGAUGGUAAAAUAUAAAUGGUCUUGUGGCCUGGCCAAGCUGGAGAUAAGGGUCAUGCAUUCAUGGGAUGAGGCAACCAUUGCAUUAAAUCAAUAGCCAAGAUCAUGGUAGAAGCCUCUUGAAAGAUGAGCCAUUAACCUUUUGCCUGUGUGUCCUUCCUCCUUCCCACUGUUUCUUAGGAUGCUGUACAUUUCUUUCUGCUAAAAGAUUUACUUCUGUGCUUCCCACCAGAUGAAGGGACAUAUGAAAGCUUAAAAUCAGAAGCCAAAGGAUACCAAGUAUCCUCCUGUUUCUGCUGUUCCCCCUCCUCUGAUGCUGUGUUCCUAAUGCAAGAGGUCACUCUACAGACACAUCUGACACGCAAUAAAAUACUUUUCCUGACUUCAGAGGAAACUUGCCAGAAUGUAACUCUGAUAAGAACAAUUGUAUUUUCCCUUAUGACUGCAACUGGACAGGGAGAUAGAGAAGUGAGUCACUUGUGUGCAUCCGGCCAAGAAGUUACCUUCCUGUAGGUUUUACAGAGAGUUAUACAAUAUUUACAGGUUUUAUAUGCAAGUCAAUUGUUCAAUAUAUCCAUUACUAUUCUUUCUGUAGAACAUGAAUCAGGAACUGGAGUGGUGAUAUUUUAGGUAUCACAUAUAUGUUCAAUAUUACAUAAUGCAGUGUCUCCUAGUAGAUUUACAAAUCUGCAAACUUCAGAAACCCAUUUCAAAUCAAGGGCCUGCUGUGUUUCUCUGUGCCAUCCUGUACCUAGCAAAAUACUAUACAAUCCAGUUAAUCCAGGGGUCAGAAGGGAUAAAAGCAAAGAAGGAAUGCAUAAGAUAGGAACAGAGUGGAAGCAGGAAGGGAGAAAAAAGUGGUUCCUACCAAUAGUUUGUUCUGUGAUUCAUGGUGUUGUGGCCUAUUCCUACCAUUUUGUUAAAGAAAUGGUUGAGAUCAUAAUGAAGACAGGCUAUAAUGCAGUGGUUUUACAUUUGCAAGAGACUGAAAAGAGCAGGAACUCAGACAGUUAUUUGAAGGAGUGGAUUUUUUUAUUUAUUUUUGGCAUCUUGAUAUAUGUCAGAGAAGGAUUUUCUUUAAAGGAAGGUGUGAGAAAUCCUGACAAGGAGCAUUAUAGAAUGACCUAUGUCCAGAAGUGUUUAGACAACAAUUUUUCUUUUUAUAUGUCCUUAAAAACCAAGUGAAAUAAUUUGAUAAUUUCAGUAUUUCUUGAAAAUAUAUGCAUGUAAUAAGCAACAUGGUUUUUUAAACAUUCUUCUUUGUAAAGGAUUUUCAGUUCAUUGUGUAACAGAACUGGAUUUUUUUUAAGUUGGGAUCUCAAUAUAUACUCCUAAAUAAAAUGUUUGUAUGGUUGAA